CGAGUAUCAAUUUUUGAAUAUGCCAAACGAAAUGAGUAAUGACUUAUUCACUUUACACUUAUACAAUGUUUUUCAGUUUGUAAAAUAAUAAAUAUAUCGUUCAGCUUUUUUUGUACUCAUAAAAAUAUGUCUAAGUCUUUAUUCACUUCGUAUUAAGUUUAAUUAAUAACAAUAUUCAUAGUCGCCAUGUCGCUAUUUAAACUGUGUCCGUUGAAAAGAUUUUAUUCCAGCACUUCGGUCAAAGAUAUUUUCGAAACGCGACCGAUCGGUUGUAAAAAAAAACUAAAGGGAUGGGCCAGAGCGAUGCGCAAAAUGAAAGACAAGAUGUUCGUAGAUCUAGACGACGGUUCUACUCAUCGACGUCUUCAAGUGGUAAUACCCAGAGAUAGGACGCCCGAUUCGCUGUCCUACGGUGCUUCGUUCGAAGCGCAAGGUGUGUUGGCCGUCAAUCGGAACGAUCAGCUCGAAUUGUCCGCCGACUGUGUUUCCGUGCACGGACCGUGUUCUGUCGAGGACGGUUAUCCGUUUGCGCCCAGAAAGACCUACCAAUCCGAUUACGUACGUCAACAUUUACACAUGCGACCGCGUACGGCCGAUUUCGGCAGUCUAUUGCGUAUCAGAGACCGAUUGUCCACGGCCGUCAGGAAUACGUUUUCCAAAGACGGCUACACCGAAGUGAACGUGCCCGUGUUGUCGUCCAACGAUUGCGAAGGCGCCGGCGAAGUGUUUGUAGUUCGGCCUGAAAAUGAAAACAUGAUCAAAACCAUGAUUUCCAAAGACAACCAAUCGUCCUUUGAGGCGUUUUUCAACGGUCGGACGUACUUAACGGUGUCCGGUCAAUUGCAUCUGGAGUGCUUGGCCCGGGCAUUGACCAAAGUGUACACUAUCGGUCCGACGUUUAGAGCGGAGAAUUCCAAAUCCAGACUGCAUUUAUCGGAAUUUUACAUGAUCGAAGCCGAACAAGCUUUUAUCGGCAACAUAGAACAACUGUUGGCCGUCAUAGAAAAUACCACGUCGUCUGUUGUCGAAAAACUGUUAGCCAAUUGCGGCGAUGAAAUUGAUUUUUACAGAAAAUCAAAUGGCACGUCCGAAGAGUACGAUUUAACGAACCUAGUCAAAACUCCGUACGAAGUGAUGAGUUACGAACAAGCGUGCAACGUUCUCGAGAAGGCAAAUGACAAUUUCAAGAAACCUCUAGUCCGAGGUAGAUCGUUGACCAAAGAACACGAAUUGUUUUUAGUCCAAUACAACGGCAACAAACCUAUUUUCGUCGUGGAUUGGCCGCAAGAGCUCAAGCCGUUUUACGCCAAAGCGUCGCCCGACAACAGUUUGUUGGUAUCGACCGUGGAUCUGCUGUGUCCGAACGUCGGCGAAUUAUGCGGCGGCAGCGUACGUGAAGACGAUUACGAUGCGUUACGAGAGAAGCUAUCGCAAAUUGGGUUGCUGGACAAACUGGAUUGGUACUUAGAGUUGAGGAAGUACGGCAACGUGCCGACUGCCGGUUUCGGAAUAGGAUUCGAACGAUUCAUCCAAGUGUUGCUCAACGUCCAAAACAUCAAAGACACCGUCGCGUUCCCUCGUUACCCGCAUAAUUGUAAAACUUAACCAUUUGUAUCGGCAACAUCGUCGAUAUUAUCGAUUUGAGAAAGUUCUCUUUCUCAUUUCUGUGUAGUGAAAAACCUAUUUGUUAUUAUUAAUUGGGUGUACUUGAAAAUAAAUAAAAACUCAACUAAAAAUUUUGUUGAAUUACUC